AUGCCGCCUACGAUUGCUGAAGUGAAGACUAGCCUGAAUUUUGUCUGGGGCAAGGAAAGUGACCUCAAUGAGACCUAUUCGUUUGAGUUUUCCAGCAGCACGUCGUGGUCGUGUGUGCGUCAAAAUGGUGCAGAAACGAGAAGGUUCCGCCUCGCCUUUGAUGCAGCAACUUCUAGGUUGUGGUGGGGGGAGUCUUACUUCAUGGAUCCAUCGGAUGUGGCUAAGCAGCCGGAACGGGUUCAAUGGUACAGAGCCGCGGAUCGUGCCAAGAAGCGUGCGGCUUUCUUGUGGAAGAGGCUGAGAGAGGCCCGGCCCCCCGCCGAGGCACGAAAGAGCCAGCCAACACCGACGCGACCCAAAGCGAAAGUUCUGCGAAAUCCGGUAAAUUCUGGAAUCUCGCGAACAGAGGCCGUGAUGCCAGCAAGCAAGGUCAAGACCUCUCCAGUUCCAUGGCCUGAGGUCGUCCUGGACCUAGAACAAGUGCUUGUGAUCUACAAGCCUCCGCACUGGAAGGUAGAGCUACCGCCCAAAGGAUCUCCAGAGGAAGGCCUCUAUCUGCCAAGUUGGCUGAAGGACAAGGUCUCGAGCAUCGACUCCAAACUUUUCGAAGAAGAGUCCAACCCGGCUCUUUCAGGAACAGGGUUUGGCCCUCUGUCCCACCGCAUCGACCAGGAGACGAGCGGGCCGUUGCUGGCAGCAAAGACUGCUGCUGCUCAACGGCACUUGCGCGCUCAGUUUCACAAAACUGAGAUCUCGAAGCGCUAUGCGUGUCUCGUCCACGGCCAUGUCCUUUCGCCCGAUGGGACAGUGGAUGCCAGCAUUCGCACUCUUCGAACGGAUGCCACGACUAGGUCAGAGAUUUCUAGUGCAGGCGACUGGGCAGAGACCCAGUACCAGGUCAUAGCGACGUUUGGAUCUGGCAGCGCAGGCAAAUACAGUCUGCUGGCCUGUGACAUAACUUCGGGUCGGACGCAUCAGAUCCGUGUACAUAUGCAACACUUGGGACAUCCACUUGUGUCCGAUGACAAGUAUGGACAUGCUGGGCAGCUGGAGAAGGACAGAAUGUGGUGUCCACGUCUGUUUCUGCACUCCUUCCGCUUGUGCUUCAGAGACUUGAGGAACGAAGCGCGAGAAGUUGUUUGCCCACUGCCUCCGGACUUGAAGGCAGCACUGGUCAAGCUUGGUGCUGCGAAUGCGGAGGCGCCGUCUUCGGACAUCCUGUUUGGCGAGACCUCUUGGCAGCGAGAGAUUUUUCGACCCCCGCUGACGGCUUGGCGGCCUGGAACGGAGGUGCAGCGGCAUUUGAUUUCCAUGCUCACGGGCAAGGACCAGCCCUUACCUCUCAGCGAGAUCAAUGCGGACACCGAGCUCAAGAGGCUUCUGGACAAGGAGAACUUGUCUUGUAUCAACAAGGCCUGGAUCGGAAGGAACUGGGAUGUUUUCGAGGCCGUUCCCUCACCUGAGGAUGGGCUUGCAGUGCGGCUCCGCCCACUGGCAGAAGGCUCUGAGCGGCAGCUUGAGCAGCAGAUCGAGGCCGUCCGUUCCGAGUGCGAGGAGCUACAGCGGCUAAAGCAGCGUGCCAUUGCUGAAGAACAGUAUCUACAGGCUGCUGAAAUCAAACGUCGGUUUGAAGCCGCUUCAGCCGAAAUGAGCUCCUUGCUCGCGCUCUGCGAGGACGAAAGCACCGUGAACGAAGACGCGUUGAAUGCUGAAGGAGGUCGAGCGAGUGCGGCCAGGUCGAAGAUCAAAGCUUUCGAGCAAGAUGUGCAUGAUGAGGCUCUUUUUCCAUCUCUGGCACCAGCACCAAAGCCACGUGCUGCACCAGAGAUUGAUGCCACACCGUCAGUUGCAGGUCCUGAUGUCAAGGUGCCAUCCCUGGAGGAGGCGAUCUUGGAGUUUCUGGACAGAAAGGAAGGCAACAUUGCCCACAUCAACGAGAUCAACAAUGAUCGCCAUCUUCGGGAGGUAAUGGCCCAGCAGGUGCCCAAGCCCAUCUCAGCAGUGAACAAGGUCUGGCUGAAACAGCAUGAGACCGUGUUUACCCUCUUUCGAGCCCAGGACAAUGAGAUGUACGUUGCUAGGACACAGGCUGUGGCUGAUCAGAAGAAGGCUAGGGCCAAAGCCCGAGUGCAGGGGGGAGACCAGAAGAAACCGCUAGCAUACCACCAGGUCAUCCAGAAGGCCGACAAGUUGGCGGCCCCUUUGGUGUACCAGUACGGUGGUGCAGUCAAGCCGACCCCAGAGCAGGAGGAAAGUGGGCCUUGGCAAGAAAGGCUGCGUCAAGCUUUACAGGCGGCGGGUCCACUCGAGGUUCCAGAGCUGCUUCGAGCUGUCCCACUCUUCACAGCCGCGACGGGUGCUACACGGCCUUGGCAGCAACAGGAGCUACUUGUGACAUUUCUUCAGACGUGGCCGCAGCUCUUCAAAGUGGAGAAGCAUGGCUCGGGAGCUGACCGGAAGUACAUGGUAUCACUGAAGUGA